UUCGUGACUGUCUGUUGUGAUAACAGUUUCAACCGGAUGGAUCGACGGAUUCCCGACUCAAUCGGUACGGUCGGUUUCAAAUCGACGCCCCCAGAUAACGACUUCAACUGCAACUAUCUGGCCACGCCCACCAAACUUAACGGUGAAGAGCACGUGGCGCUGGUUUGGCGCAAUGUGCGCGUUAGUUGUACGCUUACCGGAGGAUGCAGUUACAUUAUCCGCGAUGUCAGUGGAGCGCUCCAACCGGGCAGCCUGGUGGCCCUGAUGGGACCGAGCGGAGCGGGGAAAAGUACCCUGAUGACGGCGUUGGCCCACCGGAGUGCAGCAAACACCCUCGUCUCCGGCAGCAUCCUGCUCAACGGCCAACACGUGGGCCCCUCAAUGUACGACGUCAGCGGCUUCAUCUACCAGGACGAGCUGUUCUACGCGUCGAUAACCGUCAGCGAGCACCUCCACCUGAUGGCCCACCUCAAGCUGGGCCGCUCGCUAGCCGCACCCGAUCGUAACGAGCUGGUCCGCGAGCUGCUUUGCCGAACGGGGCUGACCAAGUGCGCCCACACCCGAAUAGGGGAGGUUGGCCAGGGCAAGACGCUCUCGGGCGGGGAGAAGAAGCGACUGGCGUUCGCGAGUGAGUUGCUGUCGCGGCCGAAGAUUCUUUUUUGUGACGAACCGACCACCGGGCUGGAUUCUUAUAGUGCGGGGCAGUUGGUGGCGAUGAUGCGGGACUUGACUCGAGGGGGGACUUCGGUGCUGUGUACGAUCCAUCAACCUUCGGACGAGCUGUUUCACAUGUUUGACAGCGUGAUGCUGUUGGCGAAUGGACGCGUUGGUUAUUUGGGGAGUCCACGCGGUGCUACCGGUUACUUUGAACGGUUGGGAUUGGUUUGUCCUGGGAGCAGCACUACGGCGGAGUUCCUGCUGAAGAGUUUGUCAAAUAGGAGGGAAUGUCGGGGGAUGAAGAGUUUGAAGCCGGAAGCUAUUUGCGAUCGGUAUCUGCAGAGUGAGCAGUUUCAGCAGCAGGAGCUGGUGAUCAACUCGGAGAUUUUCCUUUCUCAGUACGGAUACAGAAAGAGGUGCUUGAAGCGACGGAAGCAAGAUGGCCGUUCAUGUUGGUUCUACACGCUGUACUACCUGAUGAAGCGGAACUUCCUGCAGUCCCAUCGAGAUCCUACCCUGCAGUACAUGAAGCUGGCGCAGCGAAUAGUUAUAGCCCUGCUAGUGGGACUCUGCUUUUCCAACACGAUCGACCUGACCCAGGCUGGAGCGCAAGCCGUGCAGGGCAUCAUCUUCCUGAUCGUGUCGGAGAACACCUUUCUGCCGAUGUACGCCAUGCUCGCCGUCUUUCCCGAGUCCUUUCCGCUGUUUCUGCGCGAGCGUAAGGCCAACCUGUACGGGACGAUGCAGUUCUACGUGGCGCAGAUCUUGGCGAUGCUCCCCUUCGUCCUGCUCGAGUCGUUGAGCUUCAUACUGAUCGUGUACUAUCUGGCGCAUCUGCGGCCAACGCUGCUCGGUCUGCUGUGCACCGUCGGAACCAGCGUGCUCGUAAUGAACAUCUCGCUGGCCUGCGGCUGCUUCUUCUCCACCUUGUUCCCAUCGGUGCCGAUGGCCAUGUCCUAUCUGGUACCCUUUGAUUACAUUCUCAUGAUCACGUCGGGAAUUUUCAUCAAAAUCAGAUCAAUGCCAGUGGUCCUGCGAUGGCUCCCGUUCGUGUCGUGGAUGAUGUUUGCCACCGAGGCCAUUUCGAUUGCCCAGUGGGACGGAAUCGAACAUUUGAAUUGUACGGGAGUUCCGCGGGCGGCCUGCCACCACAGCGGCGAGGACGUCCUGAGUCAGUACUCGUUUGCGCGGGAGCAUCUCCGGACGGAUCUGAGCGCGCUGGUUGGGCAGUACUUUCUGUUUCACGCCCUAGCGGUGCUGUGCCUGAUGAGGCGCGCAAACAGGAGUUAGAGUUAGGAAAAAGUAAAAUUACGAGUGAAGAGUUUUGUGUUAGCGUACAUUUUUAGUCUAUGUUUUUAAGUUGUUUCUCUUAAUAAUUA